AUGGACCGAUAUCAGCGCAUCGAGAAGGGUGGCUCCAUCGGUGAGGGCACGUAUGGUGUAGUGUACAAGUCACUGGACCUAAUGACCAAGCAAGUUGUGGCGCUCAAGCGCAUUCGCCUUGAAACUGAGGACGACGGUAUUCCCAGCACCGCACUUCGCGAGAUCUCGGUUCUGCGUGAGCUGGAACACCGCAACAUUGUGAGUCUACUGGACUGUCUGCAAGAGGAUGGAAAGCUCUUUCUCGUCUUUGAGUUCAUGGAUAAAGAUCUCAAGCGUCACAUGGAGCACACACUUGGCAAGCUCGAACCUGCACAGAUCAAGAGCUUCUUGUACCAAUUACUCAAGGGCCUCGCGUUCUCGCACUCGCGCGGCAUCAUGCAUCGGGAUUUGAAGCCGCAAAACUUGCUAGUGAAUGCUACGGGAGAGCUCAAGAUCGCCGACUUUGGUCUGGCGCGAGCCUUCAGCCUCCCCAUCAAGAAAUACACACACGAGGUGGUGACGCUUUGGUACCGUGCGCCCGAGAUCUUAUUGGGUCAGGAGGUGUACUCUCCGCCAGUGGAUAUUUGGUCUGUCGGUGUCAUUUUUGCCGAGAUGGUGUCCAAGAAGCCGCUUUUCCCAGGAGACUCCGAGAUCGACCAGCUCUACCGCAUCUUCAGGAGCUUCGGCACGCCCAACGAGGCGACGUGGCCAGGUGUCACAAAGCUGCGCGACUACGCACCUACGUUCCCCAAGUGGAAGAAGAAAAACAUGCGAGAGCUCUUCCCGCAGCUAGACGAGAGCGGACUCAACUUGCUGGAGUCUAUGCUGCAGUAUGACCCCGCUACAAGAAUUAGUGCAAAAGAGGCCCUGCGCCACCCUUACUUCGAUGACGUGGAUUCCGAGUAUUUGUAG